AGCAUGCACACCCAUUCAAGUUGGCCGGGGGGAGGACAUGGAAACUGUGGCAAGCAGGAAUUCCCAGGGAUGAUGCCCCACCUCCAUGCCCUUUAUAUUUCAGAACCACCGAUCAGAUUUGAUUUUACUUCCUUGAAAUUGCAUGGAUGAGACUUACUAGCUGUCUGUCUCGCUCUUCCCUGGAUCAAGCAUCCAUUUCUUGCCUCUGCAAGAAUGCCAGUCCCACCUUGGGUGCUUUUGGGCCUCUGUAUAGCUGUACCAGUCUGGCAGGCAGCAGAAGGCCGCUUCCCACCACCCUGUGACAGUAAGAUCUAUUGCACGGGGGAGCUGCUGAGGCAGGUCCAGCUGGCCAAGCUCUUCACUGAUGACAAACACUUUGUGGAUAGGCCAUUGAAGGCGAGCCCAGAGGUUGUCCUGGAAAACUUGUGCUAGCUGGCUGGUGAAUACUCAUCACAUCUGGUGCAGGGUGGGCCCUCCUCAGGCCCAAGGGGAGGCCAAGCUGUGGGGUUUGUGGAGUCUAACUUUUUUCCUCGUGGGCAGGAACUUGAGCCCUGGGAACCCCCAGACUGGACAGACAGGCCACAGAUCCUCAACAGGAUUUCAGAUCCGAAACUGCAGUCUUGGGUCCGGGAACUGAACGCAAAGUGGAAGCAGCUGGGAAGGAAGAUUUCCUAACAGCAGUAGAAAUCCAUAGCCCGAGCGUUAUUCCCCUGAUAUCACGGUGCUAAGCACCCACUGAUAGUGCCAGGGGGUCGAUUCAUUGAAUACUACUACUGGGACUCCUUCUGGGUGAUUGAGGGCCUGCUGCUGUCUGACAUGGCGACCACUGCCCGGGGCAUGAUCGAGAACUUCCUUUAUCUUGUGGAAAAAUUUGGGCACAUCCCCAACGGAGGCCGCAUCUAUUAUGAGCGACGAAGCCAGCCGCCCUUGCUCACCCUCAUGGUGGAGAGUUACUUGAAGCACACCAAUGAUACAGCCUUUCUGAGAGACAAGAUCCAUCUUCUAGAGGCCGAGUACCAGUUUUGGCAGAAGCAGCGAGCUGUCAAUGUCACCAUUGCAGGCAAGGAAUACCUCUUGAAUCGCUACAAUGUCCAAGUGGGUGAGCCCAGACCAGAAUCCUAUAGCGCAGAUGUGGAACUGGCAGAAGGACUCGAUGAAGAUGCCCAGCAGAAUCUUUGGGCAGAGCUACAGAGCGCAGCCGAGUCUGGCUGGGAUUUCUCAUCACGCUGGUUCCUCCCAGGACCGCCUCCUCUGCCAGCCACCCGGCAAGACACCCAGACCAGUAUGGUGGUCUCUGUCGAUUUGAACGCCUUCCUCUGCAGGGUUGAGCAGGUGCUGGCUUCCUUGUACAGGACUCUGGGGAACACUGAGAAAGCCAACCAGUUCCAGGCGGCUCACGAGUACCGAGUGGCUGCGGUCCAGGCUGUCCUGUGGAAUGAUAAAGCUGGGGUCUGGUUGGACUACAACCUCGUGCGACAGAGGCACAACGAGGCCUUUUACCCAUCCAACCUCACCCCUCUGUGGGCAGAGUGUAUCACGGAACCAGCUGCUGCCGAAAGGGCCCUGCGCUACCUGGAGGAGAGCUCUGCGCUGUCUUAUACCAAUGGGAUACCCACAUCACUGGCUCGUACAGGGGAACAAUGGGACCUUCCGAAUGCUUGGGCUCCCCUCCAGUAUGUAGUGAUUGCAGGUCUAGCCAAGUCCUCCUCUCCUUGGGCCCGUGACCUGGCUUUCACCUUGGCACAGAACUGGGUGAGAACCAACCUGGCUGUCUAUGAGAAGUACCAUGCCAUGUUCGAAAAGUAUGAUGUAGAAGGAGAUGGGAACCCAGGUUUUGGUGGAGAGUAUGAAGUACAGGAGGGCUUUGGGUGGACCAACGGUGUGAUCUUUCAGCUCCUGGAUUUCUACGGUCCCACAAUGCGCUCAUCAUUGCACAGCUCUGCGGCCAGAAACAGGCCCUUCCUCUCAAGUUUGCUGCAUAGCAGCCAUUUUUCGUUUGGGAGGCAAUAGAUGUGUGGGGGGAGGGGGGGUUACCCUUUCCCCUGAAUCUUCUCCAAGAAAAAAUCUCCUUGGCUUCCUCUAAUGGGCCGAGACAAUCUUGAACUCUUGCUUUAUCUGAGGGCAGGACAAUGAAUAAAGCUUGAUUGCGUCCUCCUUCUCCAUUACAUUUUAUAACUCCCUCCCUCCAGAUGAUAAAGCACUGCUAGAUGACAGCAAGGGUCCAAUCCUGCAUUUCCUUCCAAGAGCAAAAGCACCCAAGCAAGGGCUUUGUCAUCUACCAGUAACUUGAAUUCAUAACAUGGAAGUUCUGUUGUAGCGGUAGCCACUAUUGAUAGACCCAUGCAAAAUAAAUGUUAUAUAAACUUUUGCAAGAGCUGCUUCGAGUGCAGAAUUCCAUCAUUAACCUUGGCGGGCCAGAAGCUUCAAGAAAGUUCACAAACGGAGCAUGAAGGCAACCCUUCCUCAGACAUGGAGUGGUAUACAAAGAUACGCUGCUCCCGAAUGGGAGAUUCCAUUCUUCAGAGAUAGGGGGCAUUCAUUGAAAAUGCUGGGGGGAAGAAUUAGGACUAAUAAAAGGAAAC